ACCGCGCAUGUCUUGGGCGGGACUAGGGCACCUAGUGCGCUAGAGUAGCGAUCCCACCGAGAGGGAGAGCUUGGGCAAAAGGUCGAGGGAUUGACUGGCCGGCCAGGCUGCAGCCAGGGACUCCCUAUUUCUUCUCUUAGGCGGCGCUUGGCUCAGCCGGUGUAGACGCCUGUAACCCGUCCGGUUGCCCAGGCCCUUGCCCUAAAUGACCUCCCGUACAAAUUCCUUCUGGUGCGCUGCUGAGGCCAUUCAGAGACCCCAAGCUUCUGAGGAAGCCGGGUCACCGAGUUACUGAGUUAAGACCCCCUCUCUCGUUUUCUCCCCUUGGCAGGACUGUACCGGCGUCCCAAGAUUCCACAUGGCCAGGGCUAGGUACACGAAGCUGGGGGGCGACUGCUGCUCUGAUUCCACUCACGAGGAGCCGCCCCAAUGCCAGGCGCGGAUUCUGCUCCCGAGUGGUGGUCGGGACCCCUUGCUAGUAGCCUCUCAUGGGAACUGGGCCAUUCAGAGCGAUUAUGAGUCACAAAGCCUGAUGGCCUUGGGGGGGCCCCACCCCGAGGCGGGGUGACGCCCGUGGUCACUUCACAAGGCAGAAAUUGUUACCUGGGCAAUAAAAGGCACCGCUGCGGCAGGAACCCGGGAGUGGGCACAUGGGGGUGCGGGUGUGCAGGUGCCAAGCGCCAUGGGUUAGGCCCGAGAUUGGAGUCCGGCCGCCCCCCGACAGCAGCCGCCUCCUGCUCCCCGCGCGCCCCAGGCGCCACCAUGUCGGGCGACAAACUUCUGAGCGAACUCGGCUAUAAGCUGGGACGCACAAUAGGCGAGGGCAGUUACUCCAAGGUGAAGGUGGCCACGUCCAAGAAGUACAAGGGCACAGUGGCCAUCAAGGUGGUGGACCGGCGGCGCGCCCCGCCAGACUUCGUCAACAAGUUUCUGCCGCGCGAGCUGUCGAUCCUUCGGGGCGUGCGACACCCGCACAUCGUGCACGUCUUCGAGUUCAUCGAGGUGUGCAAUGGGAAGCUCUAUAUCGUGAUGGAGGCGGCUGCCACCGACCUGCUGCAGGCAGUGCAGCGCAAUGGGCGCAUCCCCGGGGGUCAGGCGCGCGACCUCUUCGCGCAGAUCGCUGGGGCUGUGCGUUACCUGCAUGACCACCACUUGGUGCACCGUGACCUCAAGUGUGAAAACGUGUUGCUGAGCCCCGACGAGCGCCGAGUAAAGCUCACCGACUUUGGCUUUGGUCGCCAGGCACACGGCUAUCCUGACCUGAGCACCACCUACUGCGGCUCGGCCGCCUACGCGUCGCCUGAGGUACUCUUGGGUAUCCCAUACGACCCCAAGAAGUACGACGUGUGGAGCCUGGGCGUCGUGCUCUACGUCAUGGUCACCGGGUGCAUGCCCUUCGACGACUCGGACAUCGCUGGUCUGCCCAGGCGACAGAAGCGCGGCGUCCUCUACCCUGAUGGCCUCGAGCUGUCUGAGCGCUGCAAGGCCCUGAUCGCAGAACUGCUGCAGUUCAGCCCGUCCGCCAGGCCCUCAGCGGGCCAGGUAGCGCGCAACGGCUGGUUGCGUGCUGGGGACUCCAGCUAGAAGCCGGGGUUCCCGCCAUUCCCGCUGCCCCGAGCACUGCGCAAGCGCAGUGCACGCGCGCAAGGCGCGCUUCCGUACUCCCGCGAAGCCGACACGCGCUACUGCGCAUGCGCAUUCCCCCCUUUUCCUGUCUCUGGACGGCUGGGGCCGUAGUUGCCCCUGUUUAGAAUCUAGCUCCUCUCCCCAGGAUCCCGAGAGCAGGAGGGCGCAAGCGCUUCCUCUGUUCCCCAAUAGAAGGCCUCAGGAGGGGAAGGGACGAGAAGAAAUGGAAGCAUUGCGCCAGCGCAGAAUGAGCGAUGGCUGCCGGCAGGCGGUGGCUACCUGGAGGAGCUGCAAGAGAGUGAACGCGUGUG